UGCUUUCGAACACCAUGCAGGGAUUCAACAAAUACUACCCGCCGGACUAUGAUGGCGAGAAGCAUAAGAGCUUGAACGCAUAUAGAGGGAAGCAUGCGCUCGGUGACAGAGCGCGGAAGCUCGACCAGGGCAUCCUCAUCACACGUUUUGAAUUACCUUUCAAUAUUUGGUGUGGAACAUGCAACAACCACAUUGGCAUGGGCGUCCGCUACAACGCCGAGAAGAAGAAAGUCGGCAAUUACUACUCGACGCCCAUCUUCACUUUUCGGUGCAAAUGUCAUCUCUGCGACGGCUGGUUCACUAUACAAACGGACCCGAAGAAUACAAGAUAUGUUGUGACGGAGGGCGCACGCCAGAAAGACGAGGAUUGGGACCCAGAGGAGAACGGUGGAUACGCAAUACAUGGCAAGUGUACCCACUAUGAACGCUUGGAAAUGCCAUAUGCUCACGUAUUCUCAGACACCGAAGGCAAAGCCGGACCCUCAGACCCUCUCGCCGCCCUCGAGAAAACCACGGACGCCCAGAAUUACUCGACCAAAGUCCAACAGCCCCGCCUCGAAGAGCUCGAGGAAGCGUCAGACAGACUCAACGCGGACCCAUACGCCCUCUCGCGCAAGGUGCGCAAGCACUUCCGCGAGGAGAAGAAGGUCGAGCAGAAGAAGCGCGCCGCGGACGACGAGAUCAAGGAUCGAUAUGGGCUGCCCGUGGAACUCGACUUGGCUAGGGCGCGGGAGGAUGAGGACUCUGCUAAGGAGGCGAGGGAGGCUUGGGUGAGGGGGAAGCGCGAGCUGGAGCAGAGGGAGGCGGAGGGGGCCAAGCGGCGAAAGCUGGGGCAGGGCUCGACGUCAAUAUCGAUAUCGGCGCCGCCGUCGUCGAAGAAGAAGGGUGGGGGCUUGGAUCAGUUGCGCAGUACGAUUUUGCGCAAUACGGCUCGACAUUCGCUCGGCCGAAAGUAG